AGCAGCAAGAAGGAGGUGAGAAGUCUGGAAAACCGAAGGCAAAAGGCAAGGAUCGCACCAAAGUACAAUGCUUCAGGUGUGAUCAAUAUGGGCACUUUGCCUCAAGUUGCCCACAACGCAAGAUAAAACAAGGCGAGGUACAUCUGACCGAGGCAAACGAAAACGACCAGCAACUCUUCAUGGUGAGAAGCAUUCAAGAAACUGUGUUCUUGAAUGAAGAUAAAGUGAUACCAAAUCAGUACCCGACUGAAGGGGACAUAUGGUACCUAGACAAUGUCAAUGUGGACCAGCCCGAUGCAGAAGAGAAUGGAGUUCAACCUGGGUCGAGAGACACGAAUGGGCCCAAUAAUCUUAUAGACACUUCAGCUGCUAAACCCAUUACAGUAUCAGUUUCAAAUAGCUCGCAGGAUGAUCCAGGUGAAACCGAAAGCUUGCCAAAGACACAUAUCAGGAGGUCCACCCGACAAAAGCAACCACCGGCUAAAUACAACGACUAUCCGGAGAUGAUGAACGACGACCGGUACAGCAGUAACCUCGUCGACCUGUCCCGUUACUUUCUGUUUGAGGCCACCGGGGACUCCUCGGAGGCCAAAUCGUCCGUUCUGGACCAGGAUUCGGCUUUGGAGAACGACGACGCCCUGUCUUACAGCGGCCGCCGCAGCGCCAUCGCCGGCGACCGAAAAGGGGACGGUUGUCCUCCGGAGCUUGCUGACGAUGCGUGCUCGACGCGUUUAGGGUGCGAGGAAAAUGGUCACAUUUAUUAUAUCACGCCGGACGAGGAGGACGAUGAAGGGGAAGAAGUAAAUCAACGGUGGAUAACGACGGCGGAGAGGGGCAAGAAGGUGGCGAUGAGGCAGGAGAGCAAGAUCUGGCCGUUGAGAACUGCAGGGGGGAGAAAUGAUCGGACGGCUAAGAUGGAAGAAGCUAGCGUUUGUAACUUAGAGAAGAUUGGUGAAAAGGAGAGGGAUAGGCUCUUCUGGGAAGCUUGUUUAUCUUCCUAAUUCCUAAUUAUUUCAAACUCAAUUGGUGAAGUUUACAUGGAGAAAACUCUGACGUUUUCAAAGUAAUCUACGAGGAGUUUUCAAAAUAAUCUUCACCAUUAAAAUUUUGUCCAAAACGCUAACGCUCUACAAUAUUCUCAAACAGGCCAUGCAUGUAACUCGCUCCUCCACUAAAAUUGAACGAGAAUCGUGCACUGGCCCAUGUCUUGGAUGAAACACUUCGGGUGCGCUAUUUAUUAAAUGAGCCCUGAGUGU